AAGUACCAGAAGCAAUUUUGGCGCAGUGUAAUUUGAAUAUUUAGUGUGAGUAACACAGUUGAACUUGCGCAGUGGAUGAACUAAGUAGAAACCAAUAUGAAAGUGCCAUGCACCCUUCUUUUAUUGGCGGUGCUAAUUGGCGCCGCUUAUGCAGCACCUCGUUGGGAAGAACCAAGCCAUCCACAAUUAGCUGCCUUCAGUCAUGCCGAUAACGUUCAACGAUGGCGCCAAUACCGAGAAGACCUCAAGGAAUUUUAUAGGAAUAAGUACGCUGGACUCGUAAAAGUUAAUGGAAAAUCGACCGAGAGUAAUGAUUCGGAUGAAUCGCAGGAAGACGUGAAAGACAAAUCUUCACUGGAAUCUAAUGAGUCCAAUAAAAACUCAGAUUCUGUCGAAUCAGUAGAAAAACUGAAGUCAGUCGAUAAGUCGAAUUCACAAUCCGAAGAAGAUGAUAGUGUAGAAGACAAAUCUAGGAAAGGAUCAAAUUUUGAAGGAUUGUGGAGAAAUUUCCCGGUGAUUAAGAAUGGCCCCGCAGUUCCGCUGCUUCACAAAAUUAUCGCAUCACAACGUCGAAGGAUUGAAAAUACUUUCCCGCAAUUCGGUGGCUCACACGCAACUAAUAAUGCGGCGAAUGCUUUUGCUUCACCACCAAAUGCUGGCUCUGCAUCUACUACUGGAACAAUACCGGCAAGCUCGCAAUCCAGUUCAUUGGUAGGACCUGCCAGUGAAUCAGGUGUCUCUGCCCCAGGAUCAUCGCCUGUUUCUGCACCUGCAAUUGUAUCUGGUAGCUCACAAUCGAAUUCAGCAACUGCACCUGCUACCGGAUCAAGCAGUUCUACUGCUCCAUCAUCGGUAGCGUCUGGACAAAUUGGUGAAAGUAGUUCUGCUCCCUCAACAUCCUCUUCGGCAUCUUCAGCGGGAGAAGGCAGCCCAUCAUCCGCAAGCGCUGGACCAUCAGCUAAUGCCAGUCCUGUUGUUUCGACAUCCUCAGUAGGUUCUAAACCAACAGUUGAUGGCAGUUCUGAUAAUACUGCAGCACCGGUUGUUGAAGGAAAUCCUGACACAGCUCAAUCAUCACCAGCUGCUGAACCAGUCGUCGAAGUCAGUUCUGAACCCUCUGCACCAUCAGCAGCUUCUGAACCGGUUGUUCAAGAAAGUCUUGAUACGGCUCAAUCACCACCAGCUGCUGAACCAGUCGUCGAAAUCGGUUCUGAACCCUCUGCACCAUCGGCAGCUUCUGAACCGGUUGUUGAAGAAAGUCUUGAUGCAGCUGAACUAUCACCAGCUGCUGAACCAGUCGUCGAAAUCACUUCUGAACCCUCUGCAUCAUCGGUAGUUUCUGAAUCGGUUGUUGAAGAAAGUCCUGAUGCAGCUGAACCAUCACCAGCUGCUGAACCAGUCGUCGAAAUCAGUUCUGAACCCUCUGCAACAUCGGUAGUUUCUGAAUCGGUUGUUGAAGAAAGUCCUGAUGCAGCUGAACCAUCACCAGCUGCUGAACCAGUCGUCGAAAUCAGUUCUGAACCCUCUGCAACAUCGGUAGUUUCUGAAUCGGUUGUUGAAGAAAGUCCUGAUGCAGCUGAACCAUCACCAGCUGCUGAACCAGUCGUCGAAAUCAGUUCUGAACCCUCUGCAACAUCGGUAGUUUCUGAAUCGGUUGUUGAAGAAAGUCCUGAUGCAGCUGAACCAUCACCAGCUGCUGAACCAGUCGUCGAAAUCAGUUCUGAACCCUCUGCAACAUCGGUAGUUUCUGAAUCGGUUGUUGAAGAAAGUCCUGAUGCAGCUGAACCAUCACCAGCUGCUGAACCAGUCGUCGAAAUCAGUUCUGAACCCUCUGCAACAUCGGUAGUUUCUGAAUCGGUUGUUGAAGAAAGUCCUGAUGCAGCUGAACCAUCACCAGCUGCUGAACCAGUCGUCGAAAUCAGUUCUGAACCCUCUGCAACAUCGGUAGUUUCUGAAUCGGUUGUUGAAGAAAGUCCUGAUGCAGCUGAACCAUCACCAGCUGCUGAACCAGUCGUCGAAAUCAGUUCUGAACCCUCUGCAACAUCGGUAGUUUCUGAAUCGGUUGUUGAAGAAAGUCCUGAUGCAGCUGAACCAUCACCAGCUGCUGAACCAGUCGUCGAAAUCAAUUCUGAACCCUCUGCAUCGUCGGUGGCUGCUGAACCGGUUCCUAAAGAAAGUCCUGACACAGCUGAACCAUCACCAGCUGCUGAACCAAUCGCCGAAAUCAAUUCUGAACCCUCUGUACCAUCGGCAGAUUCUGAAUUGGUUGUUGGAGAAAGCGCCGAUACAGCUCAAUCAUCACCAGUUGCUGAACCAGUCGCCGAUGCUAGUUCUGAUGCUGGCGUUAGCGCUGUUGUUCUGACAACAUCGGAAGCUCCCGACUCUGUAGCUAAUGCCGAUCCUGCUAUUUCUCCGUAAUGGAUAGUCCUGGAAUCAGUUACUGAUACCAGUUUACUUGCCACAAAGUGAUCAUCAUAGAUUGCACCAGCAACUGGUUCUAACUAAAUUGUUACCCGACUCAUCUAACUGACAUUAACUUUACCUGGCCCUGCCGAUAGUAUAUUCAAUGCGCAAUUCCACAACCAUUUUUUUAGGUACCUGUAAUCAUUCCCAGGAACACAACUUUACUGCAUUGAUAAGAAGAUGUAUUUGAAUUGAAUGAUAGAACAGAAGUGAUGUCAAAUCAUGGUAAAAUCAUUCAGAGUGUGGAAAUGCGUAUAUUAGAGCGAUUGAAAUGCAUUGAACAAUUUAAGAAUUGUAUAAUUAUCUGAAUUGUUGAUUAGAAAUCCCUUAAUUUCAGUGCAACCUUAUUAAUUUACUCGAUAAUAUGUGUGUUUCAACUUAUUCGUAAAUUAUAUUCUCUGGUUCAUUUUCUUACCACUAGUACAUUAUAGGUAUAAUACGGUUCUCGAUUCAGCUUAACGGUACCUUAAGCUCAUCCAUACUAUUAUCUAACUUAUCUACGAUCUGUAGUAGCAACAAUACUUUAACGAGUACAGAAAUAAAGCAUGUGUAAUAUGAAAUGA